CGUUAGGCCCAGUAAGGCUGAAGUCCCUGGGCCAGACUAACCGAGGGCACGACCGUUACAACGUCGGGGUCGCAUUAGCAGAGCCCAAAGUCGUGUGUACCAACAUUUGCGCAACUGGUUGGCACAGGCACAGGUAGUCAGCACGUCACAGUUCAGCCAGGCAUUUAGGGUCCUUCCAGAACCCUAAAUGGCUCACUUUUUUUCUGAUUUGCUUCUUUACGAGCAGGACGAUGCAGGACAGCGCGGGAUGAUGCCAUGGCGCGCCAUGGCGCACGGGUGGGUGGCAUCAGCAGCGCUGAUCCACGGCUGCAGCCGGCCUCACGACGCCGAGCAGCCAGGUCCCCUAUUCCUACAGCACGCCAGCGCGUUGAAGGGAGGUUGAAAACAAGGAAAAGUACAGGUUCCGGGUCGCUGGAACCGCAUGUGGUCGGACCGCUCCCAUGGUGCAGAGUCGUCCUGGAUUGGCAAUCGCAGGCUCGACAAUCAGGAAGUGUCAUUAUGCCAGGGCCAAUCAACAGAGGGUAACUGGCCGUCACGGGCUUACGACGCCGCAGCCCACGCGGGCGCUGUCCUUUUGCUAGUGCUGAACCCAGAUCCAAGCCGUAAGUCAGGUAUCCAAGCCAAGUCCGACACUGUGCCGCUUGGUGCUGUCUUGCGUCAUCUGCAACCAUUCAGCGCAUCGGAAUUGCAUUCCACGCAAAUGCAGUAUGGAGGAGAGCAAGUGGAGCACGCCGAACGAGGAUUCAUCCGCGUGCCCGACCCGAAUAUCUCUGAUUGGCGUCUUCGAUUGGCGGGCUGUGAGCCCAUGACUUUUUUGAUCAAUUGCUUGACAAGAAACAAGCUCGACGGUGGCGGUGCGCUUCGUAAGGCUGCAGCGUUUCGAUGACUUCCCACCACCAAACUCAGCCGUACUCCGAAAAUUGAUCGGUCAUGCAUUACCAAGC